AUGGCGGAAGAAAACAAAAGUGACAGGCGAUAUGCUGUUCUUAUUUUAAUUUUGUAUUUGAAGACUGUCGGCAUUUUUGCAGAUUCUGGAACAUUCUAUAUUUCAAGUGUAAAAUCAGAAACUGGAUCUUGUCAGUAUGACAGAAACGAGUGUAAGCAUGGAACUUGCCGAGAAACAAAGAAUGAGAAUGGGAGGGAUUAUCUCUGUGCCUGCCCACCAAAGAAAACUGGACUUUUUUGUGAAAAGACUAUGAGUGACUGCCUUGAUUGUUUGCCUGACGCCAGGAUAGAUUGUACAGGACUUGGCGAUGGCACAGCUGUGUGUAUAUGCCUGGAAUACGAAAGAAACAAGUAUGACGCGCCCUCUAUCUGCUUCUUUAGAAGACGAAAGAAAGACAGACAGGGAGACUGCAAGAAGCAUAAACAUAAUUGUACCCCAGGUCAGGAGUGUGUAGACUACGCCCAAGGAGAUAAAGGGUCAGCAAAGGUGUGCCAGUGUCCAGUCGGAAAUAUUCGAGGGCCUGAUAAUUGUGAACAAGAAUAUGAGUAUAUUGUACCUGGUAACAGAACCUCAUGUGUUGAUGCAAACAUAUAUGGACCAAUAUGUAUGUGUAACAAGUACGGUCGUAAGAAAGAUCAAUAUGGAUUCUGCAAAGCAAAAAUGAUUCAACCAAGCCUGUUUGGAACUAUGGGAGAGGAAGGGCCAUGCUCUUUAAGCAGAAAUAAAUGUCGUCAUGGUCAAUGUGUCCAGAUAGAUAAGGAAAAGUUUGUUUGUGCUUGUUACGGUAGAUGGAGAGGAAAAUAUUGUCACAUACAAACAAUCUGGUGUCACAGAUGUGAAAAAGAUCAAAGAUUUGAGUGUUUAGGCCUGGAGGAUGCCACUGUUGUGUGUAUCUGUAUGGGUUAUUACAAGAAUAAAUUUAACGCUCCAUCACUCUGCUUCUUUCCUGAUCCUCAUAAAAAACGACAAGGUCCCUGUGGUUUAGGCCGUAAUGAUUGUGAGCCUGGAAAAGAAUGUGUGAAUUACGCCCUAUCAGAUGAUAGUAACCAAGUGCUCUGUCAGUGUCCAGUUGGAAGGACCCGUGGUGUAGACUGUAUAGAAGAUUACAAAUUUAUUGACAUAUCUGGCACUCUGCCUACUUGCAUAUAUUCGGAUAAAUAUGGACCAUUCUGUGUGUGUAAAGAAUAUGGCAGACGGGGAAAAGAUCUGGGGUUUUGUAAACCAAAAAUAAGGGUCCAUGGCGCUGUGGUUAAACCAAAAGGAUCAGGGGGACCAUGUGAUGCUAGUGUAAACAGAUGUCGGCGAGGGGUUUGUAUAAAAACCGAGGCAUACAAGGGUUUUGACUACAUCUGCGCGUGUCCACCUGGAUAUACCGGAAGACUGUGUCAUCAUAAAAUGUUAACAUGUGUGCAUUGUGUGAACAAGGCAAGGACAGAUUGUAUUGGUCUACCAGACGGAACUGCCGUAUGUGUUUGUAUAGAACUGGUCGGAAAAAAGAGAAAAUAUGGGAAAACACCAUUGAUUUGCUAUUAUAAAAGCUACAAAAUAACUGAACAGAAAAGAUGUAGAUUAGGUGGCUAUGAAUGUGCUACAGGCAAGCAGUGUGUGAACUACGCUCAGCAUGAGAAUAGAGAUUGGAUGCUUUGCCAAUGUCCGGCUGGUAAAAAACGUGGAAAAUAUUGUAGUGAUGAUUACAAGAUUGAUAAACCAAGUGGAAGGAAUUACUGUGUUGAUACCAUACUUUAUGGUCCAAUUUGCAUGUGUGACAAAUACCCUGGACGAGAGCUCGGCUUUUGUAUUCCACAGCUACACAGGUCAGCCGGGUAUAAACUGGUAAAAAAUGCCAACACAGCUCUUAUACGAAGUGAUUCUCCAUGUAACAAUAAGGACAUAUGUAAAGGAGGAACAUGUAUAGAAGAGAAUCGCCAGAAAGAAUCCCUCUUUGCUUUUCUUUGUUCUUGCCCAAAUGGUAAAACUGGACAGCUUUGUCACCAAGACAUGUUAGAAUGUUAUCAUUGCAAGAAUGAGGCAAGAGAAGACUGUAUCGGUCUACCAGAUGGCACCACUGUCUGUAUAUGUUUAGAACUAGAGGACCGCAAAAAAGAUUUAGGAAAUACUCCUUUAAUAUGUUACUACAAAAUGUUCAAAGAUAUUACAGCUUACCAUAAGAAAUGCAUAGAUGGUGGCUAUGAAUGUCCCACAGGCAAGCAAUGUGUGAACUUCCAACAGUAUGCGGACAGACCAUGGUUCGGGUGUCAUUGUCCUGCGGGAAAAAAACGUGGCGAUCAUUGUACAGAAGAUUACAAGGUAGACAGACCCGGGGGACGGUUCCAUUGUGUUGAUACAAUACUUUAUGGACCUAUAUGCAUGUGCGGCAAAUAUCGUAAAAGAAAAUAUGGCUUCUGUAUACCCGAGGUGAAGGAGUCCACUGGGUACAGACACUUUAAAAAUGGCCAUACAGCACUUAUUAAACCUGAUGCAGGUUCUAUUUGUGAUCCAGAGCGUAACAUAUGUAAUGGAGGCACUUGUUUUGAAUUACCAAGCAAAUAUGAUCCAAAUUUCAAUUUUAUUUGCUCAUGUCCACUUGGAAAAACUGGAAAGCUUUGUCAACGAGAAAUGUUAGAAUGUUAUCAUUGUAAGGACAGUGGAAGAAGAGAUUGUAUUGGCUUACCAGAUGGAACUGCUGUGUGUGUUUGCCUGGAUUUGGAGAACCCCAAAAAACAUCUAGGACGUCCUCCAUUGAUAUGCUACUACAAAAGAUUUCAUAAGGAGGACCAGGGUGAAUGCAAAGAUGACAACGAUAAAUGUAGAAGAGGCAAGAAAUGUGUUAACUAUCAACAGUUUCCAAAUAGACCCUGGGUGGCAUGUCAGUGUCAGGCAGGUGAAAAACGAGGGGAACACUGUGAAAAUGAUUAUGUGUUUGACAGACCAAGUGGGCGUUUAUUCUGUAUAGACACACUGGUUUAUGGGCCACUCUGCAUGUGUAACAGGUAUGGGGAUUAUGGCUUUUGCAUUCCGCUGCUGAAAAAGACACCUGGCAUGAAAACAGAUAAAAGUGGUGAAAUAACAGCUGCAAAACCUGUUUCCCCAUGUAAAGCUAGCAGAAAUAUCUGUAAGAGAGGGACAUGUAUGGAGGAGAAGAGCGAUCAAGUUCCAAGUUUUGCCUUCAUUUGCUCAUGCCCUGUUGGGAAAACUGGAAAAUUUUGUCAAGAUAAAAUGUUAGAAUGUUUUCAUUGCAAGAACAAGGCAAGACGAGAUUGUAUAGGUUUACCGGAUGGUACAGGAACGUGCGUGUGUCUUGAAUUGGAGGAUCGCAAAAAGAAAUUAGGGACGCCACCGUUGAUAUGCUAUUAUAAAACGUUCUUUCUUCACUGGCAGAAAAGAUGCAAACCAGGUCGAUAUGAAUGUUCUACAGGCAAACAGUGUAGGAACUAUGGUCAAUAUAAGGAUAGGGACUGGAUGGCAUGUGAGUGUGAAGCCGGGAAAAAACGUGGGGAAUUUUGUCAUAAGGAUUAUGUGAUUGAUAGACCAGGAGGAAAGAACUUCUGUGUUGACACAUUGCUAUAUGGGCCAAUUUGCAUGUGUAACAAAUACCACGGAGGAGAGUACGGAUUUUGUAUUCCUGAUCUCGCAGAAACUGCUGGGUAUACACUGAUACAAAAAGAGGUUACUGCUCUUGUCAAAUCUAGUUCGCCAUGUACAUCAGGUCGUGAUAUUUGCAGAAAAGGAAAAUGUUACGAAUUACCAAGUAAAACAAGGCCAAGCUUUGAUUUUAUUUGCUCAUGUCCUGCCGGAAAAAUGGGGAAAUUAUGUCAACGAAAAAUGUUAGAAUGUUACCAUUGUAAGAACAAGGCAAGGAGAGAUUGUAUUGGUUUACCUGACGGCAAGGCUGUUUGUAUAUGUCUAGAGUUAGAAGAUCCUAAAAAGCAUUUAGGAAAACCGCCAUUAAUUUGCUACUAUAAACCUUUUAAACAAACGGAACAGGGAAUAUGCAGACGCCGCAAACACUGUUCUGAAGGGAAGGACUGUGUCAACUAUCAACAGUAUCCAAGAAGACCAUGGGUUGCAUGUGAAUGUCUAGCUGGCAAAAAACGUGGAAAGCAUUGUGAAGAUGAUUACCUUGUGGUUGCACCUGGACGUAAUUAUUGUGUUGAUACAAUACGUCAUGGACCAAUCUGCAUGUGUAGAAAAUAUCGUGGAGAUGGCUUUGGGUUUUGUAAACCAAAACUGAAAGAGAAAUCAGAUUCUGCCUGUGAUGGGAAUCAUAUUAUAUGCAAGGAAGGGAACUGUAUAGAAGCAAAAAGUCGUAAGAAGGAUACUCAAUUUAUAUGCUCUUGUCCAUUUGGGAAAACAGGAAAGCUAUGUAAUAGAGAUAUGCAAGAGUGUAGUAACUGCCGGGAAUCAGCAUUGACUGACUGUAUUUCUCUACCAGAUGGCACUGCUGUUUGUGUAUGUGUUGAACUCAAGAAGAAAAUGAUUGCCGAGGAACCUGUUAUUUGUUAUUUCAAUAAAGCAAAAGAACAUGAACAAAAGUUUUGCCAAGGUUGUGGUACCAAUGAAAAAUGUGUUAUUUAUGAUGGGACAUCAACAUGCCAGUGUUCAGCUGGAGAGAAGCGUGGGAAAAAAUGUAAUAAAAACUAUGAAAUAGUGACCGACCCGACAUCAUGUGUGGAUACUAAGGGACAUGGUCCAGUUUGUGUCUGUGAUUUGUAUGGAGGUGGCUUCAGCAAAUUUGGCUUUUGCAAACCAAACUUAAUGAAAAAGAAAAAACGGAGGAAAACAAAGCGUCGUCGUGGCAAAAGAGAAUUGCCAUCAAGGAAUUCAUCAUCUGAACUAAUGAUAAGAAAAGUGGCUUACAACAAAUAUUCAGCAGCUCUGAACACUCAAGAAAUACAGCCAUUUUCUCCAGCUUUACCAUCAAGCCAUAGAGUAGUACGAUCAGCAGGUUCUGAAUGUAAAUGCAAGGCUGGCAAAUGUAUAGGGGAUGGUUCAGAGUUUAUUUGCGCGUGUCCAACUGGAAGGACAGGAAGACUCUGUGAAAAAAAACAGUUAGAAUGUUACCACUGUAAGGACCCAGCACGGGCUGAUUGUCUCGGCUUACCAGACGGCACGGGUGUGUGUAUAUGUCGAGAAUUGGAAAAUCGUAAAAAAAAAUUGGGAAAACCGCCAUUAAUUUGCUAUUAUAAGAUGUUAAUAGAAAAUAAACAAUAUAAGUGUAAGUGGCGCAAGUUCAAAUGUCCUGAUGGAAAGAAAUGUGUUAAUUACGCGCAGCAUAAAAAUAGACCAUGGGCGGCUUGUCAGUGUGAAGCGGGCAAGUUGCGUGGGCCAAAUUGUAAAGACGAAUACUUGGAAGAUACACCGUCAUGGAAGUAUUAUUGUGUAGACACGCUGCUUUAUGGUCCGGUCUGUAUGUGUGCCGAGUACGGUGGAAGAAGUAAAUACGGAUUUUGUAUUCCCAAAGUCGGACAGUCUUCCGGAUACAAACUUAUUAAAGGUCACCAUACUGCACUCAUAAAACCUGGACCUGUCUGUGAAAUGAACAGAAAUAUAUGUAAUGGCGGAACAUGUAUAGAACUACCAAGUAAAGAGAAGCCUAAUUUUGCAUUUAUUUGCUCGUGUCCGCUUGGAAAAAUUGGAAACCUUUGUCAGAGAAAAAUGUUAGAAUGCUACCAUUGCAAGGACCCAGGAAGAAGGGAUUGUAUGGGUCUUCCAGACGGGAGAGGCGUGUGUAUAUGUCUCGAACUUGAAAAACCUAAAAGACAUUUAGGACAGCCACCGUUAAUCUGCUAUUAUAAAGUUUACAAAGAAGAGAAACAAUAUAAGUGCAAGUGGAAAAAGUACAAAUGUCCUCGUGGAAAGCAAUGUAUAAACUAUGGCCAGUAUAAGAAUAGACCUUGGGUGGCAUGUCAAUGUCAGGCUGGAAAAUCAAGGGGGAAGCAUUGUGAUGAAGGUUUUAGGGAAAGCACACCAAGUGGGAGGUUCUAUUGUGUAGAUACAUUGAUUUAUGGUCCUAUUUGUAUGUGUAGACAAUAUGAUACAAAAGAUAAAUAUGGCUUUUGUAUUCCCAAAAUUGCUAAAAGUGCUGGAUAUAAACUAAUUCAAGAUGAAAACACAGCACUAAUUCAACCUGGCUCUGUGUGUGAUAACAAAAAUAUAUGCAAUGGAGGGACAUGUAUAGAAUUGUCAAGCAAGCAAAAUCCUAAUUUUGCAUUUAUGUGCUCAUGCCCAGUUGGGAAAAUUGGAAAUCUUUGUCAAAGAGAAAUGUUAGAAUGUUACCAUUGCAAGGACCCAGGAAGAAGAGAUUGUAUUGGGUUUCCAGAUGGCACUGCUGUGUGUAUAUGUUUAGAGUUAGAAAAACGUAAAAGACAUUUAGGAAAGACACCUUUAAUGUGUUAUUAUAAAGUGUUUCAUAAAAAUAAACAAGGAACGUGUAAGAAGCCCAAGUACAAGUGUCCUCGAGGAAAGAAAUGUAUAGACUACGCCCAGCAUAAAAAUAGACCUUGGGCGGCGUGUCAAUGUCAGGCUGGAAAAUUACGAGGGAAACAUUGUGAAGAUGAUUACAAACGAGAUGUACCAAGUGGAAGGCAUUAUUGUGCUGACACGGUGCUUUAUGGCCCUAUUUGCAUGUGCAGAAAAUACAAUACGAAAGAUAAAUUUGGCUUUUGUAUACCAAAAGUGUCAGAAAAGGCUGGAUAUAAAUUAAUUCAAAGUGACAUGUCAGCACUGAUAAAAGCUGGACCUGUGUGUGACUCAGAAAAGGAUGUAUGCAAUGGAGGAACUUGUAUAGAAUUAUCAAGCAAACAACAGCUGACCUCUUCUUUUAUGUGCUCAUGCCCUGUUGGGAAAACUGGAAAGUUUUGUCAAAAAAGAAUGUUAGAAUGUUUCCAUUGCAAGAUCAAGGGACGGACAAGCUGCAUUGGCCUACCAGAUGGCACUGCUGUUUGUGUAUGUCUAGAAUUAGAGAACCGCAAAAAACAUUUAGGAAAACCCCCAUUAGUGUGCUAUUAUAAAAUGUUCAAAGAACGUUUUAUGAUUUUCAUCAAACAAUUCCUACUUGUAGCCGAGGAAUCAAUAGCACCUAACGCCAAUCUGGUUAUCCCAAAGCCAAAAUGA